AUGCGACCAAGCUACGCAGACCGGGGAUCGCUGACGGUUGAUUUCGACGCGAUUCGUAUCAGUCUGGCCUCGCCGGAGAAGAUUCUUUCGUGGUCCCACGGCCAGGUGACCAAACCGGAGACGAUCAACUACCGCACGUUCAAGCCGGAGCGCGACGGGCUGUUCUGCGCGAAGAUCUUCGGCCCGGUCACGGACUGGGAAUGCCUGUGCGGCAAGUACAAGCGGAUGAAGCAUCGCGGCGUCAUCUGCGACAAGUGCGGCGUCGAGGUCACGCAGGCGAAGGUGCGCCGGGAACGCCUGGGGCAUAUCCAGCUCGCCACGCCAGUCAGCCACGUCUGGUUCUUCAAGGGGCUGCCCAGCCGCAUCGGCCACCUCCUCGACAUCUCGCUCCGCGAUCUCGAGCGAAUCCUGUACUUCGAAGCGUACGUGGUGAUCUCGCCGGGAGACGGCGAAUUCAAGCCGAAUCAGCUCCUGACGGAGGAGCAGUACCGCAAGGCGCGCGAGGAGCAUGGUCCCAAGUUCAGGGCGCGCAUGGGGGCGGAGGCGAUCAAGGAGCUGCUCAAGCGCGUCGACAUCGAGCAGCUCGCGGUGGAAUUGCGCGUCCGGAUGCGCGCUGAGACAUCGGCCCAGAAGACGUUGAAGCUGGCGAAGCGGCUGAAGGUCGUCGAUUCGUUCCACCGUCGACGAACCGGCCCGAGUGGAUGA